AUGGCUCACGCCGGCGCGUCCGACCAUUGGGAGCGCCUGUGGGCGUCCGGCUUGGCCAAAGGCGACAAGUUCGACGUCGGCGGGCCCAGCGCGACGCUCCUCGGCGCUCUCCGCCGGCUAGAUCCCGUCUCCGAGGGUGCGACGGCGCUGGUGCCCGGAGCCGGUCGUGCCUACGAUGCGCUGGCGCUCGCCGCGAGCGGCUUCGCCCGCGUCGUGGCGCUCGAGCUGUCACCCUCAGCCUGUGACGCGGCGAAGCGCGAGAUCGAAGCGUCGGGCCACCCACGUGCGGCGUCAGUUGAGGUCUGUUGCGGCGACUUUUUCCGGCACACGGGAGCCUAUGACCUGGUCUGGGACUGCACCUUUCUCUGUGCGCUCGACCCGUCGGCGGCGGCAGAGAGCGGCGACUUCAGCGCCGCCAUCGAGCACUUCCGGGCCGCGAUCGCCGCCACGCCGACCGCCGCCCGUCCGCGCGACUUGCUGGCGCAGUGCUUGCUCGAGGUGGGCGACGACGCCGGCGCGUGCGAUGCCGCAGCGUGCGCCGUCGCCCUCGCCCCUGCCUGGGCGGCCGCGCGGCUGACGCUCGGCCGCGCCUCGCUCAACGCGGGCCGGUACGCGGACGCCGUCUCACACUUUCGCGUUGCGCUCGAGCCGCGGGAGCAGGGCGUGGCCGCGGCGCUGCGGCUGGCGGCGUCAGACGACGACACUCUCGGCGCCGACGUCGACCAGCUUCGCGAGGACCUGGAGGCGGCGGAGGCGCUGCUGCUCCGGCAGGACGAGAGGAGGCCGGCGGUCGACGGCGUGCCGUGA